AUGGACGACCUCUCGGGGCUCGACUGGUCCUCGGACGCAUCGGGCAGCAAGCCGAAGCCGAUGGUCGUCAACCCUGCGUAUCCUCCGUUCCGACCAUCGCCGUCGCAGUCGCCCUUCGGCGCCGCACAGAUUGCGUCUCUGGCGGCUCAGAAGCCCAACGGCUCGGCGCCCAAGCUGGCUCCCGCAAAGCCUGCGCAAGACAGCUUUAGCAACCUGAGCUUUGGCCUGCCGAAAGCCACGCAGAACCUGUCGCUCGCUGAGAGACAGGCGCAGCUCGAGCUCGAGAAGCGGAAGAAGGAAGAGGAGAGGCGGAAGCUCGCAGAGGCGCAGUUCGGAAACGGCCAGCAUUGGGACUCUCUAGGGUCCCGAGGCUUCACGCCCAGUCCGGCGCCUCAACAGCAGCGUGUCGCGCCCACGAGCGCAGCGAACGAUGACGACGACCUGUUUGCUGCCUUCAACAGAGACACCAAGGUCGACAAUGCCAGCCACUACCCUCCACCCCCGCCGGUCAAGAAAGGGCUCGACUUGGCGGAUCCCUCAGCAUGGGGCUCGACAACGGCAUCGAACGGCGACGGCGCUUUCGACGUGGAGGACGAUGAUCCCUUUGGACUGCACGAGGUGAAGGCCGCUGUCCCUUCAACAACUGGCCAGGGCGCCGCAACCAGCGCAGACGAUUUCGACUUUUUGGGGGACCUCGCGCGACCCGUGGACGAGGUUAGAAGGGAGCAACAAGCGAAGCAAGAAUCAUUUCGAAGCGAGCCGGGCAAGCCCAUCGAAGACGACUCCAGCUCUUCUUCCGACGAUGACGAACCCGUGCCCGUCGAGCGAAACGUCGAGCGAGUGCCCAGAGUGAACAAGGAUCCCUUCGACAAGGCUGUUGCGCAACUCGUCGACUACGGAUUCACACCCGAACAGGCCAGACGAGGGCUUGUGGAGAGCGGUACGGGCUUCAAUGCCCAGGCGGCGGCCAACUGGCUGCUGGACGAAGCUCAUAGGAAAUCCAAGGAGGCGUCGCAGUCUCGGAGUUCGCAAGGCAGAAGCCCUGCUGCAGCAGGAAGUCAGGCCCAGCGUAGCGACAGCCGGUCCCCCGCCAGGGGCGAGACUGACUUUGCGAAGACGGCGGCUGCUAUGGGAAACACGUUGUUCAAAUCUGCAAACACUCUUUGGAAGACUGGGCAGAAGAAGAUGCAGCAAGCGGUCGCAGAGUUUCAGCAAGAAGCAGACCCAAGCCAGCCGAAAUGGAUGCGGGAUGCUCAACUGGCGCGGGCACAGCCGACGCCUCCCAAAGCUGACAUUAACGUCACCGACGAGGCGCUCAUGCUCGAGUCUGGCGGUAGGCCCCAGCCAGCUCGGAGCAGCAGCAGCAGUCGUCACCCAGCGGACCCGAGGGCUGGUCCUCAGAUUUCGCGGACAUCGUCUCCUGCUCAUUCUUCAGGACCGCCAAGUCGAAAUAGCCCUGUUCCGCGAUGGCAGCAGCAAACAGCGCCGCCGCCCAUGAUUCCAGAUGCGAGAGCAAGGCUUAGCCGGCUAACGGCGGACGACGAUGACAGCUUCUCUAGCUACGUGAGCGCCAGCAGGAGAAAGAAGGCGAACCCAGCGCCAGAACCACCAAAGAAGACCGAGCCUGAACCGGAUUUGCUUUUUGGCUCACAGGCAUCGACAUCAUCACAACGGACUCCAUCGGGAACACAAAGGCCAACACCAGCUGCUCCAAGUCGGCCUCAGCAGAAACCCGCCCCUGUACCCCCGCGUAAAGUCACGCCUAGACCUACCAGACAGAUACCUCCUAUUAGCCCCGAAGCAUUGCAGGCGUCAACAAGACAUAGACUGCAGGGAACCGCGCAUUUCAAGCGAGGCGACUAUGCGGCCGCCCAUGCGUCUUACUCGUCGUCUCUGGCUUCUGUUCCUUCUACGCAUCCCCUGAUGAUCGUUCUGCUCACGAACCGUGCUCUGACCGCUCUGAAAACCGGAGAGCCCAAGCAGGCUGUUGCUGAUGCCGACGAGGCGCUCAAGAUUAUCGGGCCCGGAAACGGCCAGGGAGAGACUGUGGCUGUCAGAAACGAAGCCGGACAGGACGAAAGCCGUGAUAUGAAAGAGCUCUAUGGCAAGGCGUUGAGCCGGAAAGCAGAGGCUCUGGAGCAGAUGGAGAAGUGGGCAGAGGCAGGCGCUGUGUGGAAGCUGUGCGUCGAAGGUGGUGUCGGCGGAGCCACCGCAGUCAAGGGCCGCCAGCGAUGCCAAGAUGCCCUCAACCCCAAGCCCAAGGCCGCGCCGAAGCCUGCGGUGAAGCCUCGACCUCGGCCGUCGGCGGCUUCUAGCCUGGCGCCGCAGAAGGACUCGGAGGCGGUUACCAGGCUGCGUGAGGCCAACCAAGCCGCUGCCAGGGAAGACGACGAGAAGUUUGCGCUGGCGGAUAAGGUAGAUGCCAGAGUAGCUGCGUGGAGGGAUGGGAAGAGAGAGAACCUGCGGGCUCUGCUGGCCAGCAUGGACCAGGUGCUCUGGGAGAACAGCGGGUGGAAGAAGGUUGGGCUGCACGAGCUGGUCAUGGCGAACAAGGUCAAGAUUUCGUACAUGAAGGCUAUUGCAAAGACGCACCCCGACAAGCUUCCACAAGACGCGAGCACCGAGGUCAGGCUUAUUGCCGGGCUGGUGUUCAGCACCCUCAACGAGAGCUGGGACAAGUUCAAAGCGGACAAUGGGCUCUAA